ACGCCCCGCCCCCGCGCGGCGCUGCGGAACCGGAGCUCCGGGCGGCGUCGGCAGCGGGAGGGAGGCGGUGAGGCCGGGGCGGCAGGAGCCGGUGCAGUGACCGCAGCGAGAGCGGUGGGGACGGAGCAGGCCACGACGAAGGCGCACAGGCCGCCGGGCCGGGCCGGGCCACGGGAAGAGCGGCCGCCGGGAAGCGGGCGGGAGGCCGAGCGGGCAGCGGGCAGCCGCCGAGCCGCGAAGCGACAUGGUGCUGCUAAAGGAGUAUCGAGUUAUCCUGCCUGUGUCUGUAGAUGAGUAUCAGGUAGGGCAGUUGUAUUCUGUGGCUGAGGCCAGCAAAAAUGAAACAGGUGGUGGUGAAGGCGUGGAGGUCCUGGUGAAUGAACCUUAUGAGAAGGACGGUGAGAAAGGCCAGUACACUCACAAGAUCUACCACUUACAGAGCAAAGUCCCCACAUUUGUUCGAAUGCUGGCCCCAGAGGGAGCCUUGAAUAUCCAUGAAAAAGCAUGGAAUGCCUAUCCUUAUUGCAGAACUGUUAUUACAAAUGAGUACAUGAAAGAAGACUUUCUGAUUAAAAUUGAAACCUGGCACAAACCAGAUCUUGGCACCCAGGAGAAUGUGCAUAAACUGGAGCCGGAGACAUGGAAACAUGUGGAAGCCAUAUAUAUAGACAUUGCAGAUCGAAGCCAAGUACUUAGCAAGGAUUACAAGGCAGAGGAAGAUCCAGCAAAAUUUAAAUCUAUCAAAACAGGCCGAGGACCCUUGGGCCCCAAUUGGAAGCAAGAACUUGUAAAUCAGAAAGACUGCCCAUACAUGUGUGCAUACAAACUGGUUACUGUCAAGUUCAAGUGGUGGGGCCUGCAGAACAAAGUGGAAAACUUUAUACAUAAGCAAGAGAGGCGUCUGUUUACAAACUUCCACAGGCAGCUGUUCUGUUGGCUCGAUAAAUGGGUUGACCUGACUAUGGACGACAUUCGAAGGAUGGAAGAGGAGACGAAGAGACAGCUGGAUGAGAUGAGACAAAAGGACCCAGUGAAAGGAAUGACAGCGGAUGACUAAAGCCACCCCACCCCCUCUGCACUUUUUGCAAGACAGUGGUCAACAGGAAGGCCCAGCAGCUCCACCCUCCCGAGUGACAGGCCAUCUUCGGACGCAGCCUUUCUGUGCCCAUUCUUCAGGCAACUUUCCAUCCCUUAUUGUAGCUGAUUCUAGAUGCCCUUUAAUAUUGUGAACAAAUAGACCGUCUGGUAUUACGAAGCCCGUGUGUAUGGGAGCCUGCUCCUCUGAGAUACGUGGCGUGUAGGUUGCUGUCUUUACAGCUCCUUACUCUCAUAUUGUGUUUUCACCCAUUUCUGUGUGCCCCCUCCUUUAUUUCCAAGUGACAUUUUUAGUCUUUCAAAAUAGUUGCCUUUUGUGAUGUGGUGAUUUAAAUGAUUUAAAGUUUGUUUGUUUUCAACCUUGGGAUAAAUAAGGUAUUUUGCUUCCUGGGCAGAUCUUUGCAGUUUUGAAUGCUCACCUGGGGACAGGGGGAUGAGUUAAAAAUUUGAGUCACCCCCUCCCCCCUGCAAUUCCACAAAAUAACAGUCAGUGGCUUCACAUCUCUGACCUCUGCCCCCAGUGUCCCAUUGUUCGAGUACAUUGUUCGAGCGAGCACCAGGAAAGUACCCAAGGCCCAACCAGUCUGCGAAAUUUUUACAAAUAACCCCUGCCCAGACAUUGCAUCUCUGGCCACUAUUCUUAGGAACACCCAUGGCUCUUCAGCCCUCCUGUUACCCACUCUGAAUCUCUCUGCUGAGCCGUAUUUGCCCAGGUCAACUCUACCUGGAGGAACCUGUCCAGUGUGGCCCUUAGAAUUGAGUCUGCCCCAUAUAUACUAGUUAGUCUGCCACCCUGAGGAGCUCUGUAUGUCCAUGCUCCUCUUCCCUUUUGGGCCGGUGCUGCCACUCAGCAAUAAUCCUCUUUUCUCUGUGCUUUCUUAGAUUCCCGUCCUCUGUCUUUGAGGCUGGUCAGGACACAAGAGUCCUAAUCUUUUCAUGCUGCACAAAACGCAUGCAAAAAGCUUUUUCCCAGUAGAAUAUGUUUCUUCUUGUCUCCAGUUGCUGGAAAGGAAUGUGGGGGAUCAAGAACUCAGCUCCUGUGCCCAGUGCUGAGUUCUGCCCUAGACAAUCAAAUCAGUUAUUGAUUGUAGUACAGAACUGUACCAAAGUAGGCUGGUGAGAGUCCAGGUGAAGGGGAUAGAAGCUAAGUACUUCGUUUUCUGUCACUUGGCAGAGCCUGAGUAUGCCUCCCACUGGGAAAGUCUGAGAUAGCCGUGGUACCACAUCAAAUUUCCCAAACCUAGUGAAGUACGUUGGCCAGGUGUGCAGAGAACCCAGCCCAUGCUAGCCUGGAUGCAACUCUGUGAGAGACCAAAUCUCUGCUGGGGAGCAAGGAGUAGGAUGGGGUGAUUUACCCUUUAUGUUUUCGUCAGUUUGUUUUGCCUUACUCAUUUCUAAGUGCAAUAAGGUAGUGUCUUUCAGGAUUGUACCUGUGACAUCCUAAUGGAUGCUUCCCUGUGACCCUCUUGGAACAAGGAUGGAUAGAUUCAGACUUCUUAUCAUGGUUAACCCUGACCUUCAUUGAGGCCCUUUUGGGACCAAGAGAUACCCUGUUACACCUUCUUUUUAGUCUCCUCACCUUGUGCAUCUAUAGUGAAUCUGCAACAAUUGAUUAUCAGUUGAUUAUUAGCAUCACAACUGCUGGUAGCAUUGACUGGGAAAACUGAAGAGGCAUUCCAAUUGGAGAAAAAUGUAAAUGUUUUCCUAUAAGCUCUGUAUUAGCUAUAAUUAUACUCGUGCUUACAGCUUUCCCUUUUUCAUUCAUCAAUUAGGUGAAGUUCAGAGGUAGGUUAUCCUGGGAGAAACAAGUGAAGAUAAUUCUAAGUAGACAGUUGUUUAUGUGGCUUGAGGGUCAGCAGAGGUCUCCUUCCUUCAGCUCUCAUGUGAGAUCUAUAGCAUAUCACUUCAGCUCUAGUGGGGGCUUGCUCUUUAUCUACCUUUUCUCUGGCUCCUCCCACCUCCAUUUAUUGCCCCAGUUUGAAAGCAUCCACACAAACAGCUAGAAUUUCCUGAGGUAAGCCUAGAGCCGGGUUCUGCUCACAUAAACAUAAGGGAGGUAUGUCCCUGGUCUGUUUCAUCCCUAUGGAUAGUGUUGCUGCUGGGCAACAGCGUCGGCUUCUUUUAAGUAACCCCUUUCCCUCCCAACCCACUCCCCCAAAACUGACUACCAGAGGGGCUUAUGAAGAAAGCCUUAGCCCCAAGUGUAGUACCUGAUGAUGUGCCACGCCCCUUCAGACCAGCGCUUCCCCUAGAUUUGCAGGGUCAUCCUCCCAGUUGGAAGCGGCAGUUCUGUAGGUGGGGUGCUGGACUCUGCCUCUCACCCAGAGAUCAGGGACAGGGUCAGUAUUGUGGGCUCAUGGAUAUCUUCCCAGUUUCUCUUACAGUCCCUGCUGGGACUCCCUGACUUAUUUUGGUUUGUUCCUAGUGCUACUUUUACAAAAUUCACUUUGUAGACUUGAUUAGGUUACAUGUUUAUUUAAUGUGAGUUUGUGCCUUUUUGUCUCAAUCUUCCAAUACAGGUAUAUUGGGGGAAAAAAGCAGUCUAAUAAAAUCCUAGACAGAC